AUGGGAGAUAGAGACUGGAGACCGUUUAUUUAUGGCGGGUUGGCCUCUAUCGUGGCAGAGUUUGGCACAUUUCCCAUUGACACAACAAAAACCAGGCUUCAAAUUCAGGGGCAAAAGAUAGACCCUCGUCAUGUGGAGCUACGCUACACGGGUAUGGUGGAUUGUUUUGUGAAGACCUCAAAGCAGGAAGGCAUCAAAGCUUUGUAUUGUGGAAUAUGGCCGGCCGUGCUCCGCCAGGCGACCUACGGCACCAUAAAGUUCGGCACUUACUACUCGCUGAAGAGGGCGCUCGCAGCGCGCAGGCCGGACGCCGGCACCAUAGAGCACUUGCCCACCAACACGUUCUGCGCCGCCUUCGCGGGCGGCCUCUCCAGCGCCAUCGCCAACCCCACUGACGUGCUCAAAGUCCGAAUGCAGACGGGCGAGGAGAAGCGCGGCGUGGCGCGCUGCUUCGCCUCGAUGUACCGCGCGGAGGGCGUGCGCGGGCUGUGGCGCGGCGUGGGGCCGACGUCGCAGCGCGCGGCGCUCAUCGCGGCCGUGGAGCUGCCCGUGUACGACGCGUGCAAGCGGCGGCUGGCGCCCGCGCUGGGCGACCGCCCGCCCAACCACCUCGCCUCCAGCCUGCUGGCCAGCCUCGGCAGCGCCGUGGCCAGCACGCCGCUCGACGUGGUGCGGACGCGUCUAAUGAACCAAAGGCGCCUGAAGCAGGACUCCGGGCCUCGGCCCCCCAUCUACAGGGGCACCGUCGACUGCUUCGUGCAGACGGUCCGCAACGAGGGCUUUCGGGCCCUGUACAAGGGCUUCGUGCCCACGUGGCUGCGGAUGGGCCCCUGGAACAUCAUCUUCUUCAUCACCUACGAGCAGCUCAAGCAGUUCUAC